ACCGACAAAAUCAACCCUUGGAAGAGUCAGCACGGACGACUGAGAGCAGUCUUGUCAAAGUGAAGGUACUCUUGAAGUUUUCACCCGCAUGCUGUGGCGCGAAUUCAACGUUUCGACGCUCGGAGCACUUUCCGUCAAGCACGACGCUCAAGGAGAAUUGGCGUUGGGGGAUAAGAACGCUAUUAUCAACUCUAUGACGCGUUACACUUCCCAGGUGGACGCGGUAUCUUUGACGUGUGCGGGUGGCUUCCGGUCUCCUGCAGCUUCCCGUGCCCUAUCCUGGCUUGGAGGGUCAUGGGCCGUAUGGCAGGUACCCAAGCCGGACAGUAAUACCGAAAACGGGCGUCAGAGACAUUUUGGUUUUUUCCUUGAUUUGGUAUCUGGAGCAAGACGACUCUGUGCGCCGCGUCAACACGAAAAUAUCCGCAUUCCUCCUUUUCCACCUCGCCGUCUUGAUUUGAGUGGGCCACCCUUGAUUGAAUAUCGAUCAAUGCUUUAUCAACUGACUCCUCUCCCCACCAUGUCCACGGUUGUAACAUAUGUCAAUCAACGAGCAGAAAGUCAAAGACGCUGAAGGCCUUCUUUACGAUAAUGUAGAUGGUACGAGAUCUCUCGCUAGCUGAUAAUUACAGUAGACACCUACAUCAUGCUAACGGAUAUUGCAGCGCUAAUGGCUAAUGCGACGUAAAACCCACCUCCAGGCCUCUUCACACUGGUCGCGGCCGAGAUCGCCCUACUUCCUGGUUGGAUCUGAUCCGUCGUUGGGCAC